UGUUAGAGGAGAAGAAGUGACAACGAAGGUAGAAGAAGGAUUGUAGAGAGAAAAAGUUAUCAUUGGAGAAGGAAACGUGUUCUUGCAUCGCUGGAAAACUGUUUAUUAGAUUUUGACUCUCUUUUUCUCUUUCAUUGCUCUUUUUUGAUUUUUCCUUUAAAAUCCUUUUCCGUUCCGUUCUGUUCCGUUCCGUUCCCCUUCUUCUUAAUCGUUUUCUCUUUGCUCUGCAUAACAAUACAAUUCUCAUUGGAGAUUGCAGAGAUCUCAACUUUGCGUUAAGGAAAAACACGCAAAAAUGUCUUAUGCCUACCUCUUCAAAUACAUCAUCAUCGGCGACACAGGAGUUGGAAAGUCAUGUCUUCUACUUCAAUUCACUGACAAACGCUUUCAACCUGUACAUGACUUGACCAUCGGUGUUGAAUUCGGUGCCAGGAUGAUCACAAUUGAUAAUAAGCCAAUCAAGUUGCAAAUAUGGGACACGGCUGGUCAGGAAUCCUUCAGAUCUAUUACAAGGUCUUAUUACAGAGGGGCUGCAGGUGCACUGCUUGUUUAUGAUAUUACCAGGAGGGAGACAUUUAAUCACUUGGCUAGCUGGUUGGAAGAUGCAAGACAGCAUGCAAAUGCAAAUAUGACAAUUAUGCUGAUUGGCAACAAGUCUGAUCUUGCUCACAGACGGGCUGUAAGCACCGAGGAAGGGGAGCAGUUUGCAAAGGAGCAUGGGUUGAUCUUCAUGGAAGCCUCAGCAAAAACUGCUCAGAAUGUUGAAGAGGCAUUCAUAAAAACAGCUGCAACCAUAUACAAAAAGAUUCAGGAUGGAGUUUUUGAUGUAUCAAAUGAGUCUUAUGGAAUAAAAGUAGGAUAUGGUGGAAUUCCUGGACCAUCUGGAGGUAGGGAUGGCCCUUCUGCCUCGGCUGGAGGCUGCUGCAGUUGAAGUGAAGAUAUUGCAACCUAUUUGCUUCAAUGUAGUACUUUAUGUACUCUCAUCUUUUCUUUUCUUUUGGGUUUGGAAAUGAAGAUAUAUACGUUCUACGUCCAUUGAUAAAAUCAGAUAAUUGUAUAAUGUUUUCUUUGUAAUCUUGACUUUGUCUCUUUGACCUACUGAUUAUUUGUCUAUAUUUGUGUGCAUAAUCAAUUGAUAUGUUGGUUCAUUCUUGAUU